AUGCCUUUGGUCGAUCACUCGGACAAUACCAUUCCCCCGGAAAAUCAUGGCGACCCAAACAUUGCUCUGCAGGAGCUAUCCGAUGAGGAAGACAACGAACCCUCGAGUCAAGAGAAGCCGCUAUUGUACGCGGAUGAAGAAUCCCUUGCAGCUCCCCCGCCUGUGUCAAAAACAAAGCGAAAGAACCUGAUCGUUCUCCUCAUCCUGGCCAUAAACACAAUUUCGACCUGCUGUCUCGUCGUUCUGAAUAAGUUCAUCUUCUCUUUUCCGCGCCUGCAGUCGCUGCAGUUCUCCUUCACCGCCUGGCACGUCUUUUGCACCUUCGCCAUUCUCUUCGCCACCUCGCAUUCCCCGCUCAGACUGUUUCAGCGAAUCUACUUGGACAUACGCCAGGUGUUUCCGUUGGCGGUGGCAUUCGCCGCAUGGAUAAUCCUCAACAACCUCUCGCUCCUGCUCAACCCACUGGGCUUCUACCAGAUCGCCAAGAUUGCGACUACGCCGACCGUCGUCUUCCUCAACUACCUGCUCAACGGCGACACAGUCUCGCGCACGGUUUUCGCGGCACUCGCCACGAUCUGCGCCGGCGCAGCGCUCACCUGCCACGGCUCCACGAACACCACUCCCCUCGGCGUCAUCAUCGCAAUCGCCGCGUUCAUCACCACCGCUGUCUACCAGAUCUGGAUCGGAAAGAAGCAGACGGACACCGGCUGCUCCGGUGCGCAGCUGCUGUUCAACCAGUCGUACCUCGCGUUGGGACUCCUCGGCGUGCUGGCGCCUUUGGUCGAGGGCGGUAGCGGAGAUGCCAGGGCGCCGAUGGAUGCCAAAGUGUGGAUUGCCAUCUUACUCUCGGGAGCUACAGCCAUGGUCGUAAACCUAACACAGUUUCUGAUCAUCGGGCGCACAUCCGCCGUGACGUUCAACGUUGCGAGCCACGCCAAAACUGCCAUCAUUCUGGCGGUAGGAUGGCUUCUGGAGCCGGGAGGAUUCGGCUGGGCCGAGUUUGUGGGCACGGUCAUGGCGGCCGGCGGUGCAGUGAUUUACUCCUGUAGUAGCCGGUAA